AUAUGUAUCCCUAUUUAUCCCAUUUCUUUCAGACAUCCGAUUCAACUUCGCUCCAUUUUUUUUCCAAAACCCUAGAAAAUUUCUUCAUCGUCUCCAAAUUUCACAGAUCUUCAUUUUCUUCAUUAAUUUCAUCUCCGUAAUCUCAUAUUUCGAGAUUAUUCAUCGAUUUCUCAUCAUUUUAAGCUCAGAUUCAUCCAGAUUCGUUCAUUUCUUAAUCCAAAACCCAUAAAAAUUUAGUGAAAAUGUCUGUGAAAUUAACUCAGAAUGCGAUUUCAGCUAUUCUUGGAGGGGAUUUAAACUUAAAACCUCUAGUUCAAGUAUUAGAUAUAAAAUCUGCUGGGAAAUCACAAGAUCGGCUUCGAUUACUUGUUUCUGACUCGGUUUCGACUCAAUAUGCUGUGAUAGCAUCUCAGUUGAAUGAGAAAGUGUUCGAUGGUGAAAUUCGUAAAGGAUCUGUGGUUCAAUUGAUUGAUUACAUGUGUAAUACUAUUCAGACUCGGAAGAUUAUUCUUAUACUGAACAUGGAGACUAUUAUCCCUGAGUGUGCAAUAAUUGGGAACCCAAAAGUUAUGAGUGAACCUCAAAGUGCUCCAUCUGAUAAUAAUGGUGGAUACCAGCCCAGGAUUAAUAGUAAUAUGUCAGCCCCAACUGGUAAUAGCAAUACGACUGCAAACUUCCGUCCUACUGUACAACCUGCAUACCAACCUCCAGCACCGAAUUACAGGAAUCAUGGUUCCAUUGUGAAGAAUGAAGCCCCUGCUCGAAUAAUCCCAAUUGCUGCCUUGAAUCCUUAUCAGGGUCGAUGGGCAAUAAAGGCCAGAGUAACUGCAAAAGGUGAUCUCCGCCGCUACAACAACGCCAGGGGAGAUGGCAAGGUAUUCUCGUUUGAUCUCCUUGAUUCUGGUGGAGGAGAAAUUCGUGUGACCUGCUUCAAUGCUGUUGUUGAUCGGUUUUAUGAUUCUGUUGAGGUUGGAAAAGUUUAUGUUGUAUCGAAAGGAAGCCUCAAACCUGCUCGAAGAGACUUCAACCAUCUCAAAAAUGAAUGGGAGAUAUUCUUGGAACAAACCUCCACAUUGGAAAGAUGUGAAGAUGAGGACAGUGCAAUACCGCAACAACAAUUUUCUUUCACACCAAUCUCUGAGAUUGAGAAUGUGGUGAACAAUUCCAUACUGGAUGUCAUUGGCAUUGUCAUAACUGUCAAUCCAUCGGUUCCUAUUACGAGAAAGAAUGGUAUGGAAACACAGAGAAGAACACUGGUCUUAAAAGAUGGAUCCGGCCGGAGUGUCGAAAUAACUCUAUGGGGUGAAUUUUGCAACAAAGAAGGUCGAGCGCUUCAGGAGAUAUUUGAUUGUGGAUUAUCUCCAGUUUUAGCUGUUAAAGCUGGUAAAGUAAGCGACUUCAGUGGGAAAUCAGUAGGGACAAUUUCAUCUAGCCAACUCUUCAUCAAUCCAGAUUUCCCUGAAGCUCAUACAUUGAGAAAUUGGUUUGACAGAGGAGGUAAGGAUACUGCUGCACUGUCCAUCUCUAGAGACCUGAGUCAAGGAGGACCGAAAAAUGAGAUACGUAAGACAGUUGCACAGAUUAAAAACGAAGGUCUCGGAAGGGGAGAGAAGCCUGAUUGGGUUACUUUGAAAGCUGCAAUAUCUUUUAUUAAGACAGAUAGUUUCUGUUAUACAGCUUGUCCAUUGAUGAUUGGAGAUAGGCAGUGCUCUAAGAAAGUAGUCAGUACAAGUAACAACAGAUGGCAAUGUGACAGAUGCAAUCAAGAGUUUGACGAGUGUGAUUAUCGAUAUCUGCUUCAAGCUCAAAUACAAGAUAAUACAGGAUUAACUUGGGUCACAGCUUUCCAAGAAACAGGGGAGGAGAUCUUGGGUUGUUCAGCUAAGGAGUUGUAUCAGCUGAAGAACGAACAAGAAGAUGAUAUGAAGUUUAUGGAGCUAGUUCGCCAGCGUCUCUUCCAUGAGUUCAUUCUCAGGCUUAAAAUCAAAGAAGAAAGUUACGGGGAAGAUCUGAAGGUAAAGGUAACUGUUAUGAAGGCAGAGAAAGUGAACUUCUCAGCUGAGAGUAGAUAUCUACUCAAUUCUUUUUCAAGAGUUUCUGCAUAAGGUGCAAGCUUCCCACGUUGGUUAAAAUCGGUAGCUUAGGAUUGUAAGUAAAGACAGGAGAAAGGCGUGAAACUAAACAUCAACAGACACAAAUAAAUGGUAACAGUUACUAAUCAUCAACUCUACUUUUCAGUGAAGAUAAAACCUAGCAGGGAAUUACAAAGUGCAGUGACAGAUUCCUUGAAGGUUUUUAAACAUUUUGAUCCGUGUUUCAGUUUUCGUUUUUAUUGAGAGAAAAUUUAGAGCUGUUGAGAAUUUUAGAUUUGCAGAAGACCUUUUUUGCAUUUGAAUUACGUAUUUGUAAUUAAUUAUCGUCCUUGAAAUCUAUCUGUUUAAACUGUUAUCUCCA